UCUGAUAAUAAACCAAUCGCAUCGCUUGUGAAAUGUGCGCUAUUAAAAAAUAGCUAAUCUGUGUCAGGAUUUUUUUUCGGGAAUCAUCUAGUGCCGACCAUACAGCGAGCAUGUUCCAAAUCGGCUUGGCUGCGGUGCUACUACUGUCAUUUGUUUCUAAUGCUACGCCGAGUAGAAAUUUGCAGUUCCGUAAUAGGCUUCUCUCUUCGGGAUGGCCGAUCAAAGAGCUGAAUCCCGUAGUGUACAGAUGGCCUCCGAAGAUGAGAUCGUUGUGGGUGCCAUAUUAUGUAAGUGAUAUUGUUUUCGAAGAGCCAAUGGAGUACCGCGCUCCUAAGUCUCAAAAGAACGGACCCCAUUUUGACAACGUCCAAAAAAAUAAACUAGAAGGAAUAAGCCUGCAGGAAUACAUACAAGGGCUUACACCAGGUGGGUACGUACCUUAUGUGUAUUAUGAUCCAUACCAUACCAUUGGAUAUCCAUACGGAAAACAACCUCCUGCUCCUUAUGGGUAUAAUUAUAAUGCGUACUAUGGAGGAAACGGUUACAUCUCGACUCCUCCUUCGAGCGGUGCCAAAACGAUCAAAACAACCACGACGUACACCACCUCCAUCACCUUAGUCAAAACGAUUCGGGAAAGGCGCGUGGUUGAGAUAAUUGACAUGAAAACUAACGAAAAGAAAUCAUUUGAGACGAUCGAAAGCUAUACCACGGACCAGGUUGAAGAGUCCACAAUUUUGGAUAGUUGUAAGAACGACCGCCAAGGGAUAAGGGCAAAGCAGACGCUAACAAGAACGGAGAAAGUCACUUCAGUUGAAGAAAGGACGGUGACCACAACUGAGCCAUUGCCAGCCGACAAGCCUGCACGCUGUUCAACAAAAAAGAAGAGCGCCUCAUUCGCCAAUACUACAAUCGUCCUAACCAACGGCACGAUAACAGCAACGGAAACUGCAGCCCCCGGUUCGGCCGCCGUGAAUAUUUUCACAUCGAUCGAUCACCUGAUCGCGAAUACCGUAAUGAACGAGGCCACCACAUACAAACGCAUUUCGGCCAAUAACAUCAACACCAUAAACUCCGCGGAUCUGGACGAACACGAAAGUGUCAUCGAAGAAACUUUUGGCAACUGCUCGUUUGUAAAGACCGGACCGUCACCUAAAUUAAUCGAGACGGGCACGACCAAUGAAGUUAAAGAGGAAGUUUUAGAAUACAUACCCCACCUGUACCCUCUCGUCGUCGACAAAAUUGUAAAACCGGGCCAGGCGGUCGCGGAUAUUUACGAGUCGCUUAAAUCCAAAACCGUCUCGCCGACGACUAACGACGCCGUCUCAAUGUAUCCGAAGGAUGUCGAGACGAUUUGGUCAACACUGGGUGGAAAAGGGAAUGAGAUUAGCACUCCGGCAACCACAACGGCCGCCCAACCAAGCACGACCACAAGCGCAUUUUCAGUGAGUGAUUCGACAAGUGGAGGAACCGCAGAGGCGACGACAACCGCUCCAGCAACCACAACUGUGGCUCCCACGACAACCUCCCAAGCAACCACCACAACCUCCCAAGCGACUACAACAGCUAUCCCAACAACCACAACCGCCGCCCCCACAACAACCGCACCAGUAACCACCACUACUACCCCUACAACCACAACUGUGGCUCCCACAACCUCUCAACCAACUACAACUACUAGUCCUGAAACAACCACCCCUAUAACCACAACCGCCGUCCCCACGACAACCUCCCAAGCGACUACAACAGCUAUCCCAACAACCACAACCGCCGCCCCCACGACAACCGCACCUGUAACCACAACUACUACCCCUGCAACAACAACCCCUACCACUGUUAUCCCGACAACUACAACCGUCGCUCCCACGACAACUGCCCAAGCAACCACAACGACUAGCCCUGCAACAACCACAACCGCCCCAGUAACCACAACUAUCCCGACAACUACAACCGCGGCUACCACGACAACUUCCCAAGCAACCUCAACUACAACCCCAGUAACAACCACCACUACAACUCCUAUCCCGACAAACACAACCGCCAUCCCCACAACGACUCAAGCAGCAACAACGACUACCCCAGCAACAACCACAACCGUCGCUCCCACGACAACCUCCCAAGCAACCACAACUACCACCCCUGCAACGACCACUCCUACAACUGCUAGCCCGACGACAACCGCCGCCCCCACGACAACCUCCCAAGCAACCACAACUACUACCCCUACAACUGCUAUCCCGCCAACCACAACUGUGGCUCCUACAACCUCCCAAGCAUCCACAAUUACUAUCCCUACCACAACCGCCGCCCCCACGACAACCUCCCAAGCAACCACUACAACCGCCACCCCCACGACAACCUCCCAAGCGACUACAACAGCUAUCCCAACAACCACCACCGCCGCCCCCACGACAACCGCACCAGUAACUACAACUACUACCCCUGCAACACCAACCCCUACCACUGUUAUCCCGACAACCACAACCGCCGCCCCCACGACAACCACAACUGCGAGCCCUGCAACAACUACCCCUACCACUGUUAGCCCGACAACCACAACCUUCGCCCCCACGACAACCUCCCAAGCAACCACAACUCCUACUCCAGCACCAACCUCUCCUACAACUGCCAUCCCCACAACCACAACCGCCGCCCCCACGACAACCUCCCAAGCAACUACAACAACGACCACAGCAACAACUGCUAUCCCCACAACAACCUCCCAAGCAACAAUCACAACCGCCGCCUCCACAACCUCCCAGGCAACUACAUCCAGAACCCGCACAACUUCCACAAGGAGUACGACACCAGAAGAGGAGGACGUGAUAAACUACGAUUACGAUCCCAUGCAUCCGAGUUUAAAACACUCCUUCCAUACUAUCGAAGUGCCGGAUGCCGACCCGUCCACGAAAAGCCCGCCCAGGAAACCCAUAAAUCCGUACUCGAUGAAGGUCGUCAAACUUCAAAAUUUCGGCGACGAUUGGUAUCCCGAAUACGACGCCGCAAUGGCCUCCGAAGAAGCAACGGAACCGAGCAGGAAGGCAGCCAAGAAGAAAACAGGCACAAUCACAGCGUCGCCAACUGCAGAAAGCACAGGCGAUACAACUGAGAGCGCACACGCACAUGCGCGUAAAAGGGAAGCCAUCACUCAACCACCGAAAGUAGACUUAGUUAAUCACUCUGCUAUCGCUCCAAAAUCACAAGGCUGGCUCGAAUUCAAUGCAUUAAAUAUAGCUGUGGAGCCACGAUCAGCCGAUUGGAUCGAUGUCAAUUCGACUCGUCCACGAGCAGGUGAUUGGAUCGAUGUCAAUUCGACUAGUAAAGCUCCUGGUCCACGGGCAGGCGAUUGGAUUGAUGUGAAUUCGACUCGUCCACGAGCAAGCGACUGGAUCGAUGUGAAUUCGACUAGUAAAGCUCCUGGUCCACGAGCAGGUGAUUGGAUCGAUGUGAAUUCGACUAGUAAAGCUCCUGGUCCACGAGCAGGUGAUUGGAUCGAUGUGAAUUCGACUAGUAAAGCUCCUGGUCCACGAGCAGGUGAUUGGAUCGAUGUCAAUUCGACUAGUAAAGCUCCUGGUCCACGAGCAGGUGAUUGGAUCGAUGUGAAUUCGACUAGUAAAGCUCCUGGUCCACGAGCAGGCGACUGGAUUGAUGUGAAUUCGACUAGUGAGGCUCCUGGUCCACGAGCAGGUGAUUGGAUCGAUGUCAAUUCGACUAGUAAAGCUCCUGGUCCACGAGCAGGCGAUUGGAUCGAUGCGAAUUCGACUAGUAAGGCUCCUGGUCCACGAGCAGGUGAUUGGAUUGAUGUGAAUUCGACUAGUAAAGCUCCUGGUCCACGAGCAGGCGACUGGAUUGAUGUGAAUUCGACUCGUCCACGAGCAAGCGACUGGAUCGAUGUGAAUUCGACUAGUGAGGCUCCUGGUCCACGAGCAGGCGAUUGGAUUGAUGUGAAUUCGACUAGUAAAGCUCCUGGUCCGCGAGCAGGCGAUUGGAUCGAUGUCAAUUCGACUAGUAAGGCUCCUGGUCCACGAGCAGGUGAUUGGAUUGAUGUGAAUUCGACUAGUAAAGCUCCUGGUCCACGAGCAGGCGACUGGAUUGAUGUGAAUUCGACUCGUCCACGAGCAAGCGACUGGAUCGAUGUGAAUUCGACUAGUGAGGCUCCUGGUCCACGAGCAGGCGAUUGGAUUGAUGUGAAUUCGACUAGUAAAGCUCCUGGUCCGCGAGCAGGCGAUUGGAUCGAUGUCAAUUCGACUAGUAAGGCUCCUGGUCCACGAGCAGGUGAUUGGAUUGAUGUGAAUUCGACUAGUAAAGCUCCUGGUCCACGAGCAGGCGACUGGAUUGAUGUGAAUUCGACUAGUAAGGCUCCUGGUCCACGAGCAGGUGAUUGGAUCGAUGUCAAUUCGACUAGUAAAGCUCCUGGUCCACGAGCAGGCGAUUGGAUCGAUGCGAAUUCGACUAGUAAGGCUCCUGGUCCACGAGCAGGUGAUUGGAUUGAUGUGAAUUCGACUAGUAAAGCUCCUGGUCCACGAGCAGGCGAUUGGAUCGAUGCGAAUUCGACUAGUAAAGCUCCUGGUCCACGAGCAGGCGAUUGGAUCGAUGCAAAUUCAACUAGUAAGGCUCCUGGUCCACGAGCAGGCGAUUGGAUCGAUGCGAAUUCGACUAGUAAGCCUCCCGGUCCACGAUUAGACAAUGAUAGUGCGAUUCAAACAGGAUCCUUGUGGACCGAUGUAGACCCCAUUGCCAAUAGAGCACCGUCAGAGCGCGAAGGCCCAACGAAUGCAGAUUUCGUUUCAGUUGCAGAUGCUUUCCGAAAGAUCCUAGAAAAUGUGGGCAAGAAAAAAAAUAGACAAGGAAAGAAUGAAACUCAAGGGAUAGAAACAGGUCAAGAAAGUGCGAAUUUAAAUAACGCUGCAAAUGUUGAGGAUAACAAUGCGUUCUCACCUUCACAUACCAACCCAACGUCAACAGCGGGUGACUCAGUAGAUGGCGCAGGUGCUGGAAGCGGGACGAUUACAAACCCAAAUGUUUCAGAAGGGACACCCGCCAAUGAUACCAGCGACUCGAUCACAGAUGGCACUGCCAUCGCAACGCCUUCAGUUCGCAACUCAAAAGAUGGCGGUUAUAUUCCUAACGUCUGGGUCAUAAAAGGCCCUCGCAUAGAGAACUCGGCCACCAUAAAAGAUGGCGCUGAUGUUACACAUGCGCCAACGCCUACUACUGUAGCGCCUUCAGUAGAUGACGCUAGCACAGCCUCUCCAGUAAACGACGCUAGCACAGCGCCUCCAGUAGUUGACGCUAGCGCAGGGCCUCCAGUAGUUGACGCUAGCGCAGCGCCUCUAGUAGAUAACGCUAGCGCAGCGCCUCCAACAGUUGACCCUAGCGCAGCGCCUCCAGUGAAUGUCGCUAGCACUUCUGAAAGCAACCCCGUAACGCAGGCGAAUCCAGAGCAUGAAACCAAACAAACAGAUUCCCUAGAAAGCUUAUUUGACAACUGGUUUUCAGACGAAUACGACACUAACCUCAAAAAUCGCCAACACCUACCGAUGAAGGCCUACCUGAAGAUGCUCGCAAAAGAAAAUCUUUCUAGAGACUACAACGACGCCCGCCGGGGUAACAGAGUCGAGCGCGACACGAUGGUCGUGAAGCGCCCGAGCGAUACCAGAAAAUACCGUAAUUUGUAAUACUUUCACAGUGUUAAAUAAGUAACGCACUUGUGAUGUAAAAUAAAAUUUUACUCCAAAUCUC